AUGACAUCGAAUCAUUGCCACAGCAAAUAUCACAGUGGUGUCAACAUUAUAAUUUGCGUGUUGUCAGCUUUGUGGAGGUCUUCCCCACUUAGGUCAAUGGCGCAGAGUCAUCCGGGGAUGGAUAUCAACAGCUCGAACUCUUCACCGAGGGAAGCGUCGCCGGUCUCUCUCCCCACGCCAAUACGCCUUGUGUCCAUCUCUCUCUCGUCGGGAAUGGAUAUGAAGGAAAAAACUGAGGAUGCCCAGGAUGAGGAACCCAAGCAGGAAGGAGGAAAAUCUCACGGCGGGGCUAUCCCCCUGCAGAUAGACGAAGCAGCCGCCCCAUCUCCGUCUUCAAAAGCUCGGGCGCAACCGCGACCGUGGUGGCUAAGCAUCCUGUUUGUGACCCUAUCCUUUAUCGUGAUCGCUUCCGUCCUUGUGGCCAUCAUCAUGCGGUACCAUGAAGGCAUUUUGACCGCCGCCCGCUGGUGUCAGGAGCGACAACCCUGGUCGAUAAUUUUAAAUGGCUGUAUCAUCGUCGGAGUAAUUGGCUCGCGGGGGCCCAAGGAGGACAAUGCCACACCGUCGGCAUGUGGUUACGAAGACCCGUACAUGGACAUCACGGCCCAGGGGGUGGAGGUUGGCAGCAUCCGCCUGGCCCAAUACAGCGGUUUGACCGCCCCGCAUACCUUCAUGGCAGCAGCCUACGACCUGAACGACGACGCGUCCCCCUUUGGCGCGGUACAUUUUCGAAACAAGCAGGAAGCGGGGGCCCGUCUGGCCCGGGCGGCGCUGGCGAACGGGUACGGAAAGGGGGGUUCCAUGUUGGGACCCGUGGCCAGAGACAUUGUGGUGGUAGUGGGUAAAGGAGACGGUGGACGACGGCGCGCACGCCCCGUCUCCAUGGCAUCCGGGCACACGAAUCUUGAGGCGGGAAAGCGAGGGAGUGGCUCGCUUGCGGCAGGCAAUGUGGGUGCCGACGGGAAGGGAGCCAGUCUCGGCGUUGAGGGAGAGGACGACCUAGGUCGAGCGAAAGCUCAAACCGAGGCGCCGAUAGCGCCAGCCAAUGCCACGGUGCCGUUUUCCAUUCUCAUAUCCUAUAUUGGGGUAGGGAGUCAGGGCUUGGUUGACAGUGGGAUAAAUUUGUUUGAGCUGGCGACGGAAGUUGACGCGACAGACACCGCAGGUGGACAGGUUGUUCCCUCCAGUCACCUGAGCGUGCUGGGGAAGAACAACGAGCAGUUGCUGGUUGAAUUUGAGCUGCCUGUAGACUCUCCUUUCGUGGAAGAGGGGGUGUUGCGUAUUUUGAGAUAUGCCUACCGCAACCGUCCUUGCCCGCCCACGGAGGUUGAAAAUCCUCACGUGGGAACAUGGUGUGGGUUGUACAGCUUCCCGGAAGGGGUUCCGGCCCUUCCCUUUGUGCAAGAUGUAUGAAUAUUGAAUGAUACUGUAGCUGAAGGGUGAUGGCCACACAUACAUCUCG